CUCCCUAUGUCUCGUUGCUCCUCCGAUGGAGAACGAAGGAAGACAGAGAAAGAAUGAAUGGCAAACACAAGAGGCGAGCCGGGCGGGGGUGUAGGGAGCCCGAUCUCUGCUCUUCUCUUCCGCCUUUCUUGCCAUUUGGGGUCCUUCCUCCCCGGCCCGAGCAUUGGGUAUGCAAGUCACUGAGUUCUGCUGAGAAAAAGAGAGCGGCUGGGAAAACAUCGGUGUAUUGGGACUCCAACCGUAUUAGCGAGCGGGAGGAGUAAAGGCUAGGGGAGGGGGAGCGCGCGAGAGAAGAGAGUGACAGCCAGUGCGUCACGCCAUUCAGCAAGUGCCAGGAUCGCGCAGGGUUUUUUUGCGCGUCCCUCUUGCGCCGCCGCCUCCACUGCCCUUCGAAUUGCUCCGCGUCCAAGCAACGCGCGGAGCCCUUCGCCUUCUCCCUCCGUGUGGUGCGAGGAGGACUUGUUGAAGCGACAGGUCACACGGGCAGCCUGCGUUUUGGCUCCUCCCGCCGCUGCUGCGCCGCUACCUGUAAAGCGCGUCGCUCGCUCCCUUGCUCGCCUCCAUCUGUUCGAGGCAGCCUCCGAGAAGCGCGCAGGGCCGUUUGGGAGGAGGCAAGGGGGAGCCUGGAGAGAGACCCGAGACGAGGCAGCAGCUUGGCCCGGGGGGAGCCGUCCGCGCUCGGCCUCCAGCCGUGAGGAGAGCCCCUUCUUCUUCUUGGGGAGCCGAAGCCGCCCCAGCGGCCGAAUCACAAGACGCCGCUUUCCUUCCGCGCGCCCGGCGAGUCUCCUACGCCAGCUGCCCGGGAAGCUGAGGCGCGCAGCAACGGCGGGCUGGGCGCGUUGCUAACGGGCGGCGAGGAGGAGGAGGCGGCCGUGUGGCAGCAACAGCAGCAGCAGCCGAGGAUGGCAGCCGAGGCGGCGGCCGCCGCAGCAACGACGCAAGCCCGGCUGGGCGAGUGGAGGAGGCUGAAUUAGGAGAGAGGAAGGGGCUGGACUUGCCGGAGGGAGACGCCGAACGAGCAGGGCUGCGUGGGCUCACUCUCCGGUCGGCGGAGAGAGAGAGACAGGGCGCGACUGACGAGGGGUCGCUCUCCGCCUUGGCGCUCAAAUCGUGAGGCGACCAAAGGACGAAUCCCGGAUCUCAGCCGGGACCUGCGCGCGUCUGCCCGCCCGCCCGCCUUCUCCCAUUCGUGGCGGGCGUCGUGAGGUGCCGGCGCGAGGGGUGGCUGCUGGCUUGAUUUCGGGGAGGGGGUGGGGGGAAGGGGGAGCCGCUGAUUUGGCCAACGGGAGGAGGCGGCGGCGGCGCCUUUUUUUCCCGCUCGGUUCCCUCGCGCCGGAAUCUUGGAAGGAAAGGCGCACGGCAGCGAAGGCGCCAGAGCGAGAGGUGCCGAGGGGCGGCCGCCUGCCUGGACGUGCGCUGAGGCUCGGCUUGCGCGCCUCCCAGCCGAAGAGCAGCGCUAUGGCUGGGGAUGGGCUUGGCCGAGGGCGCUGGCGGCGGCAGCAGCAGCAGCGGGAGCUCCCCGGGGCCCCGGCGGCGCGCCCUGCCCGCUGUUAGCCAUGGCAAAUGGCAGCGGCGGCGGCGGAGGAGGCGGCGGCGGCGGCUCCAGCGGCUCCAGUAGCUACUACUCGGGAGGAGGAGGCGGCGGCGGCGGCAGCGGCGGCAUUAAGAUGAACAGCCCCAUCAGCGCCAGCAGCAACCUGAACGCGGACUCCUCCUCGGCGCCCGCCAAGGCGAUCAACGCGGUCAUCAUCCCCAUGACCAUGGAGGUCCCCUGCGACAGCGGGCAGCGCAUGUGGUGGGCCUUCCUGGCCUCGUCCAUGGUCACCUUUUUCGGGGGACUCUUUAUUAUCCUGCUCUGGAGGACCCUCAAGUACCUGUGGACCGUCUGCUGCCACUGUGGGGGCAAGGAGAAGGAGGUCCAGAAGAUAACCAGCAAUGGGGAGACCCAGGCAGAUGGGGAGUUGAAACCCACAGACGAGAAAGAGGAAGUUGUGGCAGCAGAAGUGGGCUGGAUGACCUCUGUUAAAGACUGGGCAGGGGUGAUGAUUUCAGCCCAGACCUUAACUGGCAGAGUCCUUGUUGUCUUAGUCUUCGCUCUUAGUAUUGGUGCUCUUGUAAUAUACUUCAUAGAUUCGUCAAACCCAAUAGAAUCUUGCCAGAAUUUCUACAAAGAUUUCACGUUACAGAUAGACAUGGCUUUCAACGUGUUCUUCCUGCUCUACUUCGGCUUGCGGUUCAUAGCAGCCAACGACAAGCUAUGGUUCUGGCUGGAAGUAAACUCGGUGGUAGAUUUCUUCACAGUCCCUCCAGUGUUCGUCUCAGUGUAUUUAAACAGAAGUUGGCUGGGUUUAAGAUUUUUACGAGCUCUUAGGCUGAUACAGUUCUCAGAAAUUUUGCAGUUUCUGAAUAUCCUUAAAACAAGUAAUUCCAUCAAGUUGGUGAAUCUGUGCUCAAUAUUUAUUAGCACAUGGCUGACAGCAGCUGGAUUUAUACAUUUGGUGGAGAACUCAGGGGAUCCAUGGGAAAACUUCCAAAAUAACCAAGCGCUUACAUAUUGGGAAUGUGUUUAUUUACUAAUGGUUACUAUGUCCACUGUUGGUUAUGGAGAUGUUUAUGCAAAAACAACCCUUGGUCGCCUUUUCAUGGUCUUCUUCAUCCUCGGGGGACUGGCCAUGUUUGCCAGCUACGUCCCUGAAAUCAUAGAGUUAAUAGGAAACCGCAAGAAAUAUGGUGGUUCCUAUAGUGCGGUUAGUGGAAGAAAGCAAUGUUUGCGCGCUACGUGCCAGAAAUUGCUGCUCUCAUCCUUAACCGGAAGAAAUACGGAGGGACUUUUAACUCAACCCGAGGCAGAAAGUAAGUCCAAAAAGAGACGAAGACCAGGUGUGCUUGUGUGACGUUAAAAGAACCUGCCAUGGUGGCGACAUCUGACUCACGGACACACCCUGAUAUGCGCUCUCUGUCUCUUUCUCUCUCUCUCUCUCCCUCCCACGUGCCAUUUUUGUGUGUGUCCUGUUGACAUCAAAUGUCGUUUCCUCCCUAAGUUGUCACACUGCAUAUUAAGAGACCUGGGCCAUAUUAAGGUACAAGUCAAAGUGGUUUUUCCCCUGUUCUCUAAAGGAACUGCUGGUAAUGCCAGAACUCAGUUAACACAGUCUGGAAGAUGACCCUGCUAUUAUUAAUUUGAAGUCAGCGUAUAGGACUAAGAUGUUUGUUGCGUCAAAUAUCUCCAUGUUAGUGAGGGGUUACUUCUGUGGCUGCUUUUUUCUGAACACUUGCAUCCACACUACAUGCAUGGGGAACAUUGUAAGUGAACCAGCUCCCAUGUUAAUGUCACAAGAGACCAUAUGGAUUCAUAUCCAUUAAGGGCAUUUGACAAACUAGCUUACAUUUUCUAUCUCUCCCUGAAAAUGUGUUUCAUUGGUGAUAGCGGGACAUACCCAAAUAUGUUCAAGUGACUCUGACAUUGAUGUUGAGAUAACCCAUGCCAAAAGUACUGUCAGAUUCAGCCCUUCAUUGAUCUGAUUUUCUGCUAAUAAUCUAAUUUUCAUUUUAGUUGGGUUUUUAAAAUGACGCUUAUUAACAACAAGCAGAUUUUUUGAAGAUUUGUCAACAGUUCGGCCAGGUAACCAAGCCGCAACAGAAUCAGUGUUAUCUAUAAAUAGAGAAAAAAUACACAUAUAACAUCAGCACUAAAGUCCCUUUUUGGGUGGCAGAAACAUUUAAUGAUGUAAUGAUGUGAGUUCUACUAAUUUUCAGAAAUUAAUUGCGCUAAAUUCACAUCUUAAAACUAUUGGUUACCUUAAGCAUACUAGUAACAAGAAUUUGCCUCAGAAAAUCUGAACAGGGCCUUAACCUUUCCCAGUUGCACCCUGAUGUAUUUUCAUUCAGUCUCCUUAUUUCCUUUUGUCUUCAGUCCAGUAUGUGUUCUGCCAUUCCAUAGCAAAAGAUGGAAAGAGCUUGUCUGCUAGCCCAACAUUCAACUCACUAGUCAACAAACUAAAUUCCCAUUUGCUGUAGCAGAUAGACCAUAGAAAAGUGAACUUUCAAACUAUUUCCUUUUAAUGAACCCUGUUGCCGCUACUCUCAACCCACAAACCAUGUUUUCCCAUUUUGUGGUGUCUUCUUGAGGGGGGCCUCCACAUCUGACAAACUCCAACAGACCUAAAAUCUUAUCCUAACUCCUUCCAAACUAGUACUUCUUUGCAUUGUCUAUGGCAUUCCAGGGUUUUGGAAUGUCCUUCUUUAGAUGCAAUUUAUUUAAAUAGUUCAACACCGUGAGAUUCCCCCCCCCCCCGCCGCCUCCUUUCCCUGUUGAAGCUCAUGUGAUGAGCCCAAUCCAUUGAAAAAAUGUUGAAUCCUAAUGCUGUGAAGUUUUCACAAGUACAAACCCUGUUAUAUUCAGACAUUAUUUGAGUCCUGAAGUGCAGGCUCGCCAAUUUUAAACGUGAAAUUUAGCUGUGGGAUUGAAAUGCCUGUGAUAUAACUUAAAAACUGUAGGUAGAAUCCUGCAUAGGUCAGUUACAAUAACUUCAGGCUGUUAAUCAGAGACUGGGUUUUUGAAUGCUCUGCUACAUUAAAACAAAACAAAAGCCUAUCUGCAUGUGUAAAGAAACAUUUUCUAUUACUAUAUAGAAUUGUAGAAUUCUUGAGUUGGAAGGACCCCAAGGGUCAUCUUAGGAACCCACACAUUUGCUUGCUCACACUAAAGUUGUUUGGCUUAGUGUUACAUGUGAACUGGGCCAGUGUUAAAGGUUAAAGGUGUUUCAUUUUUAAUCUAGUUUCCCUCAGUGUUAGUGGUGGUAUAAUGCCGACUUUUCUUUACUCUCGAACAAGUUCAAGUCUUCAGAAAGCAUCCAGUCAGAAAUAAGCCCCUCUCAGUUUAGUAGCCCUUGUUCCCAGGGAGGAAUGAAUAGGAUAGCAGUUGAAGUUUAAACGCUGAACAAAGUACUUUAAUGUAACAGGAUGAUAUAGAUAUCUCAUCCAUUUACUCAUCCAUUACAGUAUAGAGAUAUCUCAUCCAUUUUGCCAUGAUAAAUAGAGUUUUCAAGAAGCUAGUCUGUAAGAUAAACUAUUUUGCACUGGUACCCAGCAGUGCUCUGUUGUCUCUAAACCUAGUACCGGUAGCUGUCUUAUUACAAAAGAAUUUCAGAAAUAGAAUGGAAAGAUAAGUUGCUGAAUUGCAACUUAUUACCAAACUUAAAACCAUGGAGAGAGAGACCUGGUCUGAAUAGAGACAUUGGAUUCUUAUCUCAUAAAGGUAAAGGGGCCCCUGACCAUCAGUUCCAGUCGUGUCCGACUCUGGGGUUGCGGCGCUCAUCUCGCUCUAUAGGCCGAGGGAGCCAGCGUUUGUCCACAGAGAGCUUCCGGGUCAUGUGGCCAGCAUGACAAAGCUGCUUCUGGCGAACCAGAGCAGCGCACGGAAAGGCCGUUUACCUUCCCGCCGGAGCGGUCCCUAUUUAUCUACUUGCACUUUGAUGUGCUUUCGAACUGCUAGGAGACAGGAGCUGGGACCGAGCAAUGGGAGCUCACCCCGUUGCAGGGAUUCAAACCGCCGACCUUCUGAUCAGCAAGCCCUAGACUCUGUGGUUUAACCCACAGUGCCACCAUACAUGACAAUGCUCAUUUUUAGCCAUCUUGCCCCUUGCUUUUUCCUGUAAGACCAAUUGCAGUCGUUAACAGGUUUACCACACCUAUCAGCCAAUCACCCAUUCCCACCACCCUUCUGAGUAAUACCCCUCCCCACCCUCUGACUAUACAUAAGGGUCUGGUGACUUCUGUUUCAGUGUAUCUGAAGAAAUGUGCAUGCACACAAAAGCUCAUACCAAUGCCAAACUUAGUUGGUCUCUAAUGUGCUACUGGAAAUAAUUUUUUUGUUUUGUUUUGUUUCAAAUUCCCACUUCCUGCUGAUUCUUAACAACUAGCUCAUAGGCUUCACUGCUAGCUUGGGGGCUUGCUUAAGUCUAUUUUGCCUGUGGGGGCUUUUGCUUUCUUUCUUUUAAACAUGCUCUUUGUUUGUUUCCGUUCAUCUGCUUCUAUUUGCCUGUAUAUUUUGUUGACUGAAGCUGAACUCUGUCAUCAGUGCACAGGCUGUUCAAUUUAACUUUAUACAUUGUUUCCUGGUUCAAAAAGCUAAUUUCUAAAUACUUUGGAGAAGCCCUUUGCUCACGUACAUCUUUCAUCAGAGCACAUAAGCUUGGGAACGGCACAGUAAAAAACCAUUAGCAUCUUACGUUUGAUAUUGGUUUUGCAGUCAGUAGAACAAGAUUGAUGAAAUGUUAUGUUUGGCCAAAAAUUUGAGUUUUCCUUUGGAAUUCAACAUUGAGAGAAUGGGUUGUCAGAACCAAUAAGUUUUCCAUUGCAUGGGAUAGGAGGCAUCUGGUAAUAAUUAGCAAUAUAAGUCUUUAGCUGAGCAGCUCAGCAAUGAUUCUGGCAGCAAACAUAAUGAGAAACUACAGUUCUGCAAUUUCUAAUGUCAAAAAGUUCCCAGAUAAAAUUGAAUGCAUUUGCAAAAUCUGGAGCCGCUAAACUUUGUUGAAAGAUGUUGCUCAGAGUCCUAAAAUUGUGUGUGCAUUUCCUUCUCCCAGGAAGAAACAUACAUUAAGCUCUUUUGUUUAUACAUAUUAUUUAAGUAUUUCUUUUUUUAAUUGCCAUGCAUAGUUUAAAGCAUAAAACAGGCUUAUAUGUCAGGAGGCUGCCGUUCUGAAGACAGUAUAGUUUUGAUCCAUAAUGCUUUAAGGCUGUAACACCAUGCACACUUAAUAGAGAAUCUUCAGUGGGGUUUUACUUCUGAGUCAACAGGCAUAGGUUCAUUCUGCAUGUUGGCAUUAAUAGCAGAGCUUUCCAAACUUUUCAUGUCAAUGACAGACUUUUUAGACAUGCAUCAUUUCAUGACACAGUAAUCCAGUUUUACUAAUAAACUAGAGGUUAAACUAACCCCUUUCCAGUCCCGGAAUCAGCACAGGGAGCAUUCACGUGACACACCUACACACUGCAGCCGACACACUGACAUGGCACAACACACAGUUUGGAAAACUCUGGCAUGAAGGCUUAGAGCAGGCCUUCACAACUCAAUUACCUACCAAGCCAAAUGUAGUUCAGCAGUAUUGUUUGACCUGCCUGGUGCUUGACAAGCACUCACUUUCUGCAGUCUUGUGGCAGGCCGUAAAAUUAGAGACUCACUGAGCCUCUGGUGGACCAUCCCACAUGGCUUGUGGAUUGCAUUCCGUCUGGUGGGACUCAAGUAAUGCAGACCUAUGUUAGAGACUAUUUUCCCCCUAUCACCAACACAAUCUACAAUUUGUACUGAGAGUACUUAACAGAAAGCUGAUUUAGCUAUGUGUUGUGAGUGAAGAAGUCUCCGAUUCAAACUUUGCCUGAGCCAUGAAUUCACUUAGUGAUCCACAGUAAACUGCUAUCUUCCAGACUUAGUCCACUCUCACCUACAGGAUAAUAAUACUGUCCAACCUUAUCAGCAUCGUUGUAAGAGUUAUGGAAGAUUAUAUAUGACAUACUCUGGAUACACUAAAGGUUCUUCAUUAACAAUCAGUCAACAAGAAUUAUAAAGGAUAAGCAGGAAUCCUACUAAGUGCUUGAAUGGUUAAAACCAGCAACAGGGCCCAACUUGCCCUUUAAAACUUGGUGUUUUCAAAUAUGGAGAGAGUGAGGUGAUUGGUUUACUGGCCAUUGAUGUCACAAUGUUCCACCUCUCUGUAUCCAUUGUCUGUUUCUUACCUAGGGGAUGGGCUGUUUGUGCAGCUCUCCCAGGUGAAAGGGUUGCCAUUCUGUACCUCUCCUGCCAAUGAGUGUUGCUGUUUAAAAGGAGGAGAUGGUUGGGGCAGAUUCACUGCUUGUGGACAUUUUUAGAAAAGAUACUACCUGAGUAUGAACGGUGAAGGUUCAUAUAUAAACUACUCCACACUUUUCAGACCUCCUCCUUGUUGGAUAUUGUGAAAGACUAGGUAUCUUCUUGGAACAAUUUGGGCAAAGUUGUGUUUGAUUUGGUAGGGAUUCUUUUUGUUGAUUCUACUCCCUGCUUUAUAUCCUCAUACCUUUAUCUAUUAGGCUUUUGUUGCCUGCUGUGAAUGUUCAUGAUAGGACACAAUGCAAUUGUUAUUGAUUAUUUCUGGAGUUUAUGGGUUGUUAGUAUUUCUUAUGAAGCGAGAGAUAUAUAAAGUUUUUGCAACUCCCUCUCAAUAAAUCUGAAAUUUGUUACUUUUCCACCAGUGUUUUCAUUGGCUCCUGAAGUGAAGCAGGGCCCCACUCAUGUUUUUGGUUAAUGCAGAUUCUUUCAGCUUCCAAGGCAGAUCAUGUAGGAAUAAUGAAUCCCACAGUGGUGUGGCUUGAAGUAUAGGAUACCAGCUUGAGUGAAGCCACUACAAGUGGAGAUCAUGGUGAUGAUGGGAAAUAUUUUGCUCAUAGGGGUAUAUGUUCAGUAUGUGCUUUGCUUUUAUAAGAUUAUAGGUUCUGCUUUUGAUAUCUUCUAUUAGAAAUAUGUGGUAACAAGUUCAGAAGAGUCAUUGCAUGAGUUCUUGGAAAGCAGCUACCACCAGCCAGAACAGAUAAUCCUGCCCUAGGUGGACAACAACAGGUCUAUCUGACAGCCACUGAGGCAUACCGCAGUUUGUGUCCCAGAUGCAGCCUAGGGGCUAAAAUGGUAGCCUCUUGCUUUUGCCAUCUAUCAGGAGAGGAGGAUGCAACGGGUAUACUUGAUUACCUCAUUGACUGGCAUAUGUGGAGGAUCUUGUUCAACUUGCUAAAUCAUAAUUAGUGCAGCCCUGAGGCAGGGAGAGGGAGACUGAGAGGGAGAGGAAAGAGUUGAGUUUGGAGUUGGCAACCUGACUGAAAAAAAUUCUGAGAAAUUCACUAUCAUUCAGUCUAGCCUACUUUGCAGGUUUGUUAGGGUAACAUACUUAUCCCAAGUACUUGCUCCUAUAAGACAUACGGUUAUUAAUGGAAUAGUAUCCUGAUUCAAGGUAAAGCAGCACUUUAUAUCCUGGCAGCCCAAUGUGGAAGUAGCCCCAAUAGUUUUGAAACCAGCCAUUUUCUUGAGGCAGAAUGUAACUGCCUCUAGUAACAUUGCCAAAUGGGCCCUUCUGGAAUGUUUGUUUAGUUAAAGCAGGAGGCUGGAAUUUCCAUUGGAGAAAUUAUGGGAUGGCAUGUGCCAGAAUUACACCAGACCACAUUUAAGUAACAGUUUAGUUAGAAGAUGCCCAAGUCUGCACACUAAUCCAGGCACCCAGAGAGAGGCAACCACAUAACCUGAUAACGCAAAUUCACCCUGACACAUGUUCCCCAUCUUUGAAGUGUAAAUAAGAAUAGCCCACCUCAGAGAGUUGCUAUGAGGAUGAAUGAGAUUAGGGAUAGGCAGCACUUUUGCACUCUUAAGGGCUUUUCAAGAAAAACAUUUCCAAGCACUACAGUCACUAGUGCUAAAUGACAACCAUGUUUCUCAUUUCAGGUUUUUAUUUGUACAGCCAGUCAAUGGAUUUGAGUAACACAGCUGUAUCUUUUCCCUUUCUUAAACCGUGCCAAAAAUGUGGAAUGUUCGGCAACGUUUUGCACUCUCCUUCGGUCGAAUUUUCCGUCAAAAUGUGUCCCUUGCAUGAUAAAUCUUGUAAAAGGAGCUUAAGGAAGAACCAAAUAAGAGCACAUGCAUGCAGUCAAUCAAACAUGAAUCUGUGAGCCACAUCAUUGUAAAUGAUUCUUUUUUCUGGUACACCAACCCGAAAACCUGAGUGAGUUUAUUAUUGAGUGAGGUGUUGAGGCCUAUUAAGACCUUUGCUUCAGAGGAAAAUCCUUGGCCAAAGCACACUGGGCAAUCUUCCCAUAAUAAGUGGCUGCUUUCAAGAACUAGCUUGAGAGCUGCUUCUCACUUGACUCUUUUUGGCAUUUUGUUGCUGAAAAUACUUUUAAAAGCACUAAGUAAUAUCAGCAUUUAUCCUGAGACCUCUUAAGUUUUAGGCAUAUGUCUGAAUGCCUUUUAUUUUUAAGCUGGCUUUGGUUCUCUGCUGUAUAGCACUAUGAAGACCUCUUGUUUCUCUCAUGGUCCAUUAUUGCUUCUCAGAUAUUUAUUCUGAUUCAUCUAUAAGCCAUAACUUACCAAAUCAUCAGCCUAUCAUGAAGAAGAAGAACAAUCUGUGAGAUUCCUUCAGGAAGGAAACAUAGGGACUUGAUAGCAGCAUUUCUCAGACAUAAAAAAGAACUGAGGAGAGACAGACAGUGUAAACAGACAAACAGAUAAUUUAAGUUGACAAGACACCUUGCAUAGAUUAGACGUAGUAUGUUGAUUCUGAGCUAUAACAUGGUUUUAUUUUUCUUCUACUUAGCAAUUUGCCUCUAGAUUUCCCAUAGCUGAGGGGAAGAACUUUGUCUGAAAAGGAAUAAUAUCAUUUCCUAUUAAACUGACUUGGAAGAACAGGCAAAUGAAAUACAUUUUUCUUGGAAGAGCAUAUGACCUAGACUACUGUCCUGUCUUGUGAUCUUUUUAAUUUUUCUAAUAAUUUCUCUGAUUUUCCUGGGCUUCAAAUGACAUUCCACUAAGCAAUACUGUAUAUUCUAGUGGUGAAGACCUUGAGCUAUGCGCUGUAGGUUCCCAUGCCCCAGCAUAGCUAUGAUAUUCACAUUUUAUCUUAAAAAUGCAUAUUUUUACAUGCAUUUCAGUGUUGUUGUUUUUGAGCCGAGACGCAUAUUGCAAAAUUCAGAGAAGUGCAAAAACUGAGGUAUAGUUGUGCUUCGGUCCACAUAUUAGGUCAGGAAGUGCCAUUCAGGCCGCUUUACUUAAAAUUGCAGACAAAUGAAAACCUCACCUGUCCGUAGUAUCAGUUCUUUUUGGUAAAAGUUGCAAAACAAAACAAUAUGAUCAAACUAAAAUAGCAACAAAUCAAAUACUUAAACAUCAGCAAUGUGGGCAAAAUUAAAUAAAUAAUGUAGUCACAGUGGAUGUGAAGGUCUUUUAUAUAUAAACAUGCUUUCACCUGUUGGUAGAAUGUAUACACAAAGAAGCGGAGUGCUGCAGAGUAUUGGGGCCACCACAAAGAGAGUCCUGUUUUCCUUGCUGUGCUUGAUUUACUUCACUAAAAUGAGGGACACAGAGCAAGCCCAUGCAAUAUUGAUUUCAAAGGCCUGGGAGAAACAUAUCUCAGUGGAAAAGUUCCACUGAAAUUAACCUCUUCAAAACCAUGUGCAUUCAUCCACAUGUUGCUUAAAGGAAAGAAGAGCCAUGCUAAUUUAAUGUGAAUAUCUACUGUUACUUUUUAAAUUAUAGAAAGCUAAAUUUGGAUCCCUACUUAUUCAUGAUGCUCAGUGAGUUGUUGUCUCUUAGUCUCCAUAGUUGGGAGGUAAAAUGAAAUAGCUCUAUGGGUGUUAUCCAGUUGUGGCAACCCACUUGCGCAACUACCACUGUGCUAGUUCUUAGUGUAACAGUAAUGUUCUUUGUGCAGCACAGCAACUGAAUCCAACGAGUGCCUUGCACUUGUGAAAGUUGUUGUACAACUCCUAGCACAAUUGUUUUUAUUAAGCUUCUGCACUAUGACUUGCACAACCCAUGUGAACACUCACAUUUAUUGCAUUAGCCUUAUGUUGGACGUUUAUUUCCUUCACCUCAAAGAGGACAGAAAUAUGACACAUAAAUAUAUGGCACUUGAACAAAGUGUAUUUUACUUCGUCAGUAUACAGUAUUGUGAUUCUUGACAAUGCAGAAGAAUAAAUUCAGCAACUUUCAACAGCCACUUAGACCUUCUCCUGGUGAUUUAACUGCUUAAUGCAGUCUCUUUUCCUCUGAAAUUCUCAAGAGAAAAGUUAGAAAACAUGGGGAGGCUCUGUUUUCAACCACUCCAAGUCUUCAUCUGAAGUGUUAUUUCCCAGUUGCUUUACUUAACUCUGCAUAAAACACUGAUUAAAAUAAAAGUCUGCUCUCAAUCCCCCACCCUCCUUCCCUGUACCUUUCUAACUACUAAAUAUACUGUACAUCUACUGUCAAGCCUAUAGACAACUUUCUCAAAAUACCAUACUGUGAACUUCCACUCUGAUUUCCUAUUAUGAUUCUACAUCCUGCAACUGAGAAUUCAAUUUAUAAGCUCUCUUCUCCGCUCCUCUUCUCUCAGGAAUUGAGGACAAAUAGAAUGGACCUGGUGUAUUGACACCCCCUCCCCCUUAGAUGAAAUACCUGGCAUAUAUCUUAAGGGGUGAAGUUAACACUAGUCGUUUCUCAUAUUGUUAAGGUUUACACCACAUGCACCCACCCCAAUCAUCUUGUAGCAGGAGCCAUGUGCAACUGCUGUCCCAGCAUCUGUUGAGUUAAUGGGGUUCAGUAAACCCAAGGGUGCCAUUUCAAAUUCUGAUAUAUGCGGUUUGUCAGGACAAAAAACAGCCUUUAAAAAACCAAAACAUUUGUCAUUAGUCCAACUGAUUAAAAUGGACCCACACCAAAUCAUAAAAUAAUGGCAAUAGAUCAAAGGUAGCUAACAUGGGACUCUUUGGAUGUUGUUGAACCACCACUCCCAUCACCCCUGAACAUGGGCCAUGCUGGCUGGGGCUGAUGGGGGUUGGAGUCCAGCGGUAUCUGGAGGGCACCACAUUGACAUCUUCUUGAUUAAUGUACCAGUUAAAAUGGUAACCCUAGAAAAGGGUAGCCAUCAGUGGUGGAAAGCUUAGUUAUAACUUCAAAUCAUAUUGCAAGCUAUGCAAAGAUUAUAAGGCCAUUUAAAUAGGGGGGGGGGGGAAACGCUGUAAAAUGAGGAGCAGGAGCAAAAACAUUGAUUGCUUAAUAAUAGCAGGGUGUCUCUUGUGUGUCCUAACUGUUGCUUCUGGAAGCUCAAGAAAUGCCGGGAUUUCAAAGGAUUAGAGCAGUAGACAGAAGUCUGGUUGAUGCUGAAACUGCUGGUGCUGGAAGUGUGGUUUAAUCCUGCGGUGUCGUAUGAAUCUGCUGGCUAGCAUGCCGUCCUAACUGCAUGUUCACAGCUGUUAACAUUUUCUUUUGGGGUUUUGGUCUCAGUUUUUAAUGACUAAAGAUAUAGACUCUGCUUGUCCACUUCAUCACAGUAUGUCAUGCAAAAGAAAGACAGCUCACAGUUGAGACAGUGUUUGUAUGUCUCAGAGCAAAUGAAAGAGUAUUUAUCCUGGACUGAGUUUGAAUUAUACUGUUAAGUGUUAUCACUAUAGCCUUGGUCACGAGGUGAUUCCUGGGGGGGGGGAAAACUAGUUUGGGAAGUAAGGACUUAAUCUGGGCUACAAAGGACCUUGAGACUGAAAGCUGGGGGAGCCAAUGGAGUAGUGGGAAAUUAUUUGGGGGGCAUGGCUACUACCCCUUACUAUAGAGUCAUCCCUGCUUGGUUAGUGCAAAUAUAUACGAUGUAGAGCUGUUACUAGAAUUUUGGCUAAAGUGAAAUUUGAGGUGAAUUGUGGGGUUUCCAAAUACAUCCCUAAAGUUUUGUCUAAAGCAAAAUGUUACUCAGGCAAAACAUCGGGGGGGGGGGGGGGUUGCGAACUAAAAGUCAGAUAGUUGUUUAUUUCCUUGACAUCUCAGCAAUCUUGAUUUAAUUGUACGGUAGCAAAUGCCAUGGUACUUCCUGCUUCAAUUAGGCCACUUUUUAAGUGCCAGUAAAUGGCUUUCACAUUUCUCAAGAUGGUGAAAUAUUCUCACUGAGCAACCUUCCUUCUGUUCCCGGGCUCUGCAGGUAAUAGUCAGGAUACUUGGUGAUUUUACUGUCUCUUGGUGCUAGAACUUGCUACAGGGUCAAGGUCAAUAGAGAUCAGUGAAUCAGCCCAGGUGGGGCCCUAUUGGCUGCCCCGGCUUUCCAAAACAUUGGAACAGUGGCAUUUAUUGAGACAGGAAGGGUGGGGCACAGGGAGUUUGGCACUGCACAUUGAGUUGCAGGGGAGCCAAUCCUGCCACACAGUGCUGAGCUCCCUACACCUCCCCUCUCCCUCUCGGUAAGGGCCAAUGACUUGUUAUUUUGGGAAGGUGGGAGAGCAGCCUCACAGGCUGCUAGAGGUCAAGGGGCAGGCCUAGAACUCAAACCUGAGAGCAAACUCAAAUGUGGAAUAUGCACACCAGCUCAGGUUCAAACUUAGGGUUUAAAAUUAGAACCAAGAAAUAGAUUAGGACACAAAAGGAGAAGGGAUCUGGGAGAGACAAGGCUGGAAAGAAAGCUUUCUCGGAGCUAAUGUAGCUCUCUCAAGUGGGCUGCUUCUACACAUGGGUGGUGAUAUGAUAGGUGUGGUCAGAAGUCCUGCAGAUCUUAAGUAGGGUAAAUACUUCGUUCUUCUUCUAAAUAUCCUUGUGCAGCAGGCCUUCACAAAUGGUGAGUGGAUUGAAAACAGCCCACCAACCUUACCAGGGGCUGUUUUGUUAUCAGUGAUAGGCUGCAAAACAAGGUUGACACCAAGCUCCCUGGUGGGCCACUGUUGCCCUUUUUUUAGCGUGAGAUACCAAUGCAGUCAUCUAGCUCCAUGUAUUUGUGGGCAAGGCAGGCUUAAAUUAAUCCCUGUAUUUAAAAAACAAGUGUUACAACCUUUGUCCUCUCCCCUCACUGCUCCUUUAGAAAUCCUAGGCAGGUAAACAGCUUGUGUUUUUGUUUUUUUAACAAGAUCUUCAAUGCAGUUAUCUUCUGCGGUUUCUUUUGAGCAUUACUUUCUGUGACUUCUUACAUAGGGUUUGGGUUCUGUUAGUCCUGUUGAAGCAAUAGUCUGAAAAUAUAGAACUGCUGAAAGAAUGCUGUUUCGAAGGACUUUCUCAAACCAAGUCUGACUCCCUCCCCUCCCCACCCUAACCACCAUGUAAUAGAAUCUAGGUCCAAGAUGGUUAAUCUGCCCAAACUCAAUCAUACACAGCUUUUAUUUAUGUGAAAGAGUGUUCCAUUAUAGGUUUAAUGGGGAAAGCAGUUAUUAAGAAUAUUGUUCCACGCACUUUUUAAAAAAAGGAAUAAUGAUCUACGUGUGGAUUUGGCCUUACGUCAGCUAUGUUAUACCUUGAGUUUUCUUCAAGCUUGCCAGCUCCUGGAGUGCAGACAGAAAGAGCAGGGGAGAACCAGAGAAUGGGAGCAGAGAUGUUGGACGGCCAGUAGACAAAUGCACAAUUAGAAUGCUAAGGAGGAAGA